AUGCGCUUAAGCUCUUUCCUCGUAGUGGUGGCGGCAACGCUUACGGUGAGCUUCUCCAACGUCGCCUACGCUAAGGAAGAAGUCAAAAUUACACAGCUCGACUACGUUGUGCAAGGUGCCGAGGUCGCGAAGGACCCCUCUAAAUGGAGCCGCGGCAAGAAGGCUCUCGAGACUAGGUACGGCGUAGGACUGACGGCACUUAUUGGAACAGGCCUCAUCUCAAUGGAUCCAUAA